AUGACCAUUGGUACUGCUGGUAGCUUGCUCAGAUUUCUACAGCUCAGCUCUUCUCCGGCUAAGCCCGGGUUCCCGGCUCGCUCCGCCGCCUCCGCACCGCUCCCGCCCUCACCGCCGCCGCGCCACCAAGCUCCGCGUGCUCUGCCGCUUGCUCCGGCGCUGGCGACCCCACAGAAUCACCGCGUCUUGCGGACCCCGCGCAAGGACGCCGGCCCCACGCCCCCACCCACUCUCGUAACCUCCGCGUCCCCCGCCGCCGCCGCAUUCCCGAACCCUAACGCGGGGUCUCAGACGGAACCACCUAGGGCGGCUGCGGACGAGGACCCCUCCGCGUCGCCACCUCCGGCCGCGGACGAGAAAGCCUACACGGCGUCGCCUGCCGAUGCCGCGGCGAAGCCGCCGCCCGCACGGGAGGCGCGAAGGAUGAAAACGAAGUUCAUAAUAAUCCGGAACCGUGUCCCCAAGAGCACGUUGCAGGUGGGGGAGGGAUGCGCGCCCGAAAAAUCCUCGACUGAAAAUGCUGCUUCGGAUGAAGCGGUGGGUAAGGAACACAGCGUUAGAGAAACUGCAGUCGAGAAGCCAGCUGCUGGCUGUGACGAAACAUUGUUGGGGGAGGAAAAAGUUGGUGGAGGAGCCUUACUUGUGAAGCCGGCGGUGGAUGGUGAUGCCUGUGAGGCAGAGGAAGUGGUGAGUAUGCGCAUUGAAAAGGAUUAA